AUGGCAGGUGGUAUAAAUGUUGAUGUUGAAUUUUUAGGAGGAUUGGACUCUAUUUUCGGUGGACUCACAAAAGCAAAGUGUAUUGUCACUCGUAAGGAUAACAAUGUUCCCACAAUGAGAGAUCUCUUGGCUUACAUCGUGCAGAAUAUUUUGGUGGAUAGAGAGAAAGAUCUUUGUGUUUUCAUGCAGGAAGAAAAUGUUAGACCGGGUAUUUUGGUGCUCAUAAAUGAUACUGACUGGGAACUUGAAGGCGAACUUAAUUACAAAUUAAACAACGAUGAUUUAAUUUCUUUCACAUCCACUCUCCACGGAGGAUGA